UUUGUUUUUCAACAGGUGAAUGAUGCUGAAAGCACAGUUGCAGUGGAGUUUACUCCCACAAUUCCUCACUGUAGUAUGGCAACAUUAAUUGGCUUGUCAAUAAAAGUAAAGUUGAUCAGAUCGCUACCUGAAAGGUUUAAGGUUGAUGUUCACAUAACGCCAGGAACACACAUCUCUGAGCAUGCAGUAAACAAACAGCUUGCUGACAAAGAGCGAGUAGCUGCUGCUUUGGAGAAUUCUCAUUUGUUGGAAGUGGUGAACCAGUGUUUAUCUGCUCGAUCUUAACUGCCUGAUAAGAAGCUCUGCUUUUCUGAUAUGGUGGGCUAACUUUGUAAAUAAACAGUGCUGCUAGUAUUUAGUUGGAUAUGUAUCUAUAAGCAAAAUAAAGCUAUUCUAAUUUUGAGUUUUA